AUGGCCUCCGCAACGUCUUUCCGCCAGAUCAUCGGCGUCCCGGCCUCGACGGCCUCGCCCACCGACAGCACCCUCGUCAUCAUCGACGCCCAGAACGAGUACGCCGAGGGCAAGCUCGCCGUGUCGGACGUCGCCACCUCCCGCAAGGCCAUCGCCGGCCUCCUCCGGAAGUACCGCGAGGCCGGCGGCAGCGUGGUGCACGUCGUCCACGACACGCCCGAGGGCGCGCCCGUGUUCACACCCGGCACGCGGCUGGCCGAGGAGUUUGAGGAGCUCGCGCCGCGCGACGGGGAGAAGGUCGUGAGGAAGAAGUUCCCCGGGUCGUUCGCCGGCACCGAUCUAGAGGCGCACCUCGGGGGGCUGGGGGCGAGGGGGAAGAAGGUUGUCUUGACGGGGUACAUGGCCCACGUUUGCGUGUCGACGACCGCGAGACAGGCCGCCCAGCGCGGGUUCGAUGUUCUCGUGGCCGAGGACGCGGUCGGCGAUCGGGAUAUUCCCGGCGUCGACGCCGCGCAGCUCAUCAAGGUGGCGCUGAGCGAGAUUGGCGAUGCCUUCGGCACCAUUGUGCAGAGCAAGGACAUUGCGUAG